AGAGGAGAGAGAGAGAGAGAGAGGGAUUUCUGCUAACAUGAGCUCGCUCAAACUCCUGCUAACCUUAGCCACAGUGCGUAAUUCCCACCAUGCCAGCCCUCAAACUCACCGUAGUCGCUUCCAUGUACGGCAAACCCAACAAGCUCAAUAAGUGGGUCCGCACAAUGACGACCACCACCCCAAUCACCACCGCCACUAUUACAACCACCAGUUACCCCACCACAAUAGGCCAAACCCCAAAAUAUUCGGCGGCCUGGACACGCGGGUGGAGGGUAAGCCCGUGCGCACCCAUCCUCCCUCUGGCUCACGAUAAGGUUUUAUAUAGAAAGCUAGGGUUUCGCGGUCAGAAAUAUUUUUGUUCCUCCGAAGACAAAGGAGGGGUUGUGUCUGAAAUGGGUUCCGAAAACAAAGACGAAAAGUGGUACAAGAAUGACGCCUUGUCCACGUCAACAUCGCCGUCGCAGAACCACCACCACCGCCGCCCCAAAGCACCGCCGCUACCUACAUCCCCAUCAAAGCAACCACAGGCUGCCAAAUUGCUCACAUUGCCCACGAUCUUGACAAUUGGCCGUGUAGCUGCCGUUCCGCUUCUCGUUAGUACCUUUUAUGUAGAUAGCUGGUGGGGAACCACUGCAACAACAGGUAUAUUCAUUGCUGCAGCAAUUACAGACUGGCUUGAUGGGUAUCUUGCUCGAAAGAUGAAGUUAGGAACUGCAUUUGGUGCAUUUUUAGAUCCAGUGGCUGACAAGCUUAUGGUGGCUGCCACCUUGGUCUUGUUGUGUAGCAGACCUUUAGAAGUUGCUACGGUUGGACCAGUGCCAUGGCUACUAACUGUACCAUCAAUUGCCAUAAUAGGAAGAGAG